GCAGGGAAUCGAGGAGCGCAGCGCAGGAAGGGGGAGGGGAAAGGGCAGCAGGCAGCAGCGCAGCGCCGGCGAGCGAGCGGGCGCCUUCGAGGAUCAAAAUGUGAGGGCGAGCCCGGUGGGCUCCGAUCGCUGAUUCCCGAGCCGCCCGCGCUCCGCCCGUGCGCUGAUCCCGAACACUCAAGAUGCUGGAUCCUAGGUGGAGUGCCGUUUCGGCCUACGUGUCGGAGUACUGGUCUGUGAUAAUCGCCACUGCCGUGUUCGCGUGUGUGGGCGCGGUGACCAUCUACUACGUGGUGAAUCAGCUGAACAAGAACAUCAGCCUGAGCCUGGUGAAGGCUAUCAGGGUCAGGGCGAAGCAGUACAAGAAAUGGAAGGACAAGGUCCCCGCCGCGUCCCACGUCUGGAGGAAAGAAGUUAUCCCCCGCAGUAAAGGCCUGAAAUGCUGCGUGUGCCUCAAGUCCGUUUCGCCGCCUCAGUACUCUGGGGCCACCAUCCAUCAGUGCGAUAUCUGCGGCGCCGCCGCGCAUCCGAGCUGCUCAGGGAAUGCGCACAAGGAUUGCAAGUGUGUUUCCAUGGCUGGUUUGAACCAUGUCCUUCACCAGUGGGCUGUGCAGUGGAUUGAGACAGCGGAUCACUCCGAGGAAGACUCGUUCUGUUGCUACUGCGAUGAAUCUUGCAAUGGAGCUUUCCUUGCAGGGUCUCCGAUUUGGUACUGUAUGUGGUGUCAACGGCUCGUGCAUGUUGACUGCCACAGCAGCUUAGCCAAGGAAACUGGUGAUAUCUGUGACUUGGGACCAUUGAAGCGGCUGAUAUUGUCACCUCUUUGUGUUAAGGAGCUUCAUUGGACAGGUGCAGGGAUUUUGAGUUCUAUCACAAGUGGGGCUAAUGAAUUGGCUUCCACUGUCCGAGAAACGAUUAUGAUUCGUAGAAAAAGGUACAAAAAUGGUACUGCAUCUGCUGACUCAGAUAGCUCUGGGGCUAUUGAGCUACCAUCUGAUGCUGAAGGAGACUCGCAAGAAGCAAAUAGCGCAGCAAAGAGGAGGGAUGAUCAGACCAACGGCAAACUCGAUGAGGUACACCAAAGCUCCGAAUCAGAGAAAGAAAAACAAGUUGUAUCAGAUAACACAGCUGCAACUGGUAGGUCAAAUGGGCAACGUGAGAAUUCUCAUGUACAGAACAAUCAGAAGUAUGAAAUUGUCAACGUGCCUUCUGAUUCCAGGCCCCUCCUUGUUUUUGUUAACAAGAGAAGUGGUGCUCAGAGUGGUGAUUCAUUGAGACAGCGUCUGCAGAUCCUUCUUAACCCUGUGCAGGUUUUUGAGUUGAGCAAGCAGCAAGGUCCAGAAGUUGGUUUAGCUUUGUUUCGGAAGGUAACCCACUUCAGAGUUCUUGUAUGUGGUGGAGAUGGCACUGCUGGUUGGGUUUUAGAUGCCAUUGAGAAACAGAAGUUCGAAGCUCCGCCUCCUGUAGCCAUCCUUCCAGCUGGUACUGGUAAUGAUCUUGCGAGGGUUCUGUGUUGGGGUGGUGGCCUUGGUGUUAUUGAGAAGCGGGGAGGUCUCUUCUCAGUUUUGCAAGAUGUUGAGCACGCAGCAGUCACUGUUCUAGACAGAUGGAAGAUCGCAAUUAAGGACAAACAAGGGAAGCUUAUGGCACCACCAAAAUUUAUGAACAACUACUUUGGGGUUGGUUGCGAUGCAAAGGUUGCCUUAGAUAUCCAUAACUUGAGGGAAGAAAACCCUGAGCGGUUUUAUAGCCAGUUUAUGAACAAGGUGCUUUAUGCAAGAGAGGGAGCAAAGAACAUCAUGGACAACACGUUUGAUUAUUUUCCUUGGGAUGUCAAACUUGUGAUAGACGGAUCCAAAAUUGAUAUUCCUCAGGACUCUGAAGGUAUCCUUGUUGCCAAUAUCCGAAGCUACAUGGGAGGGGUUGACCUAUGGAAGAAUGAGGAUGAUGUCUCUGACACUUACCUCCCUCAAUCCAUGCAUGACAAGAAGCUGGAAGUAGUUAGCUUCACCGGAAUGCUGCAUCUGGGAAGGCUGCAGGUAGGGCUUUCUCGUGCGAAAAGAUUAGCUCAAGGUCAUCAUAUAAAGAUUGAGAUCAGUACGACAAUGCCAAUCCAAGUGGAUGGAGAGCCAUGGUCUCAGGAGCCAUGCACCAUAGAAGUUUCUCAUCGUAACCAGGCCUUCAUGCUGAAGAGAGUUUCCGAAGAACCUCUCGGUCAUGCUGCUUCCGUCAUGGCUGACAUCCUGGAAAAUGCUGAGAACAGCGGCAUCAUUUCGGCCAUGCAGAAGAGGACUCUGCUUCAAGAGAUAGCAUCUAGGCUUUUGUAGGACAGUUCUAACACUCGCGCUUGUAGUUGUGUAGCGCUCACCCUAUAACUUGUUCUCUUGUUUUCAGCUGGCAGAUGCUUCCUUCCAGGCUGGAAGGGAACUAUGCCUGGACGUUUGUACAUACAGUCGUGGUAUUUUACGCCUGAUUUGGGUUGUGGCUGUGUAAAAUUUUGUGUAAAAUUUUGAACGCCCUAUUGGGUUGGGCAUAGUUGGUUAGGGCCCUGCCAGAGCAUUGUGUGUACUUUGUUGCCCUUGGUGAGGCUAGAAAACGUGAUAUCAUUUCUUGGUUGUUGAAACUUGAAAGAAUGAAUUUUCAACGUUGUUGAUCUGGAUUCCAAUUUU